AUGCGGAGCCAAAUACUGUAUUUACUGUUGGGUUCUUGUUUAUUGGCCGUGGCUUCCGCCGCUGAGCCCGAAGGAACUUGUGCAAAUGUGAAAACCAUCUUUGAAAAGAAUGGAAUGUUGACGGCGGUAGACCUACAAGCUCAGCCGAACUCAGGCAAAUUUUAUUCGUCGCCAAUGGUAAUUCAAUGGAAGCGGCAAGAUCAGGCGAUACGAGUUCUUGCUAUUAAGAUAGACUUCGUUUUAAGAGCGCAGGUUGACGCCAGGUUUCCCAAUAAGGCUUACUGUCUGAUAGAUCGUCCGGCAUCGCCGUAG